AUAGGCUUCUCGUCUCUCAGAACAACCGCUUACCCCAUGAGAAUGAAAGGAAGAAAAUAGUGUUUACAGAAUGCCUUUGUCAAAUGACACCGGGCUGGGUGGGGCAGCAAGGCAAAACCCAAGCAGGCGGUCCCUGUGCUGUAGGAGUCAGGGUCAACGCGCCGGCACGACCGUGUGCAUGUGGGCCAACAGACAGGACCAGUUUUAAAUACAUGUCAGGAACCUUGGACUUAUGGGUGAAUAUUGUCUCCAUGAAGGAGUCACCGCACGUCCGUAGGAGAUGAGGAUAUAAGCUGUCUGCCUGGAAGUGUCCUCAGACCUCCUGCCAUCCUCCAGGUCCUGGCACCGUGGGAAGAUGGGCUCCCGGGGACAGAGGCUCAUGCUGGGAGGCUGCUUACUGCUGACCUUUGCCUGGGGCCCAGUGCUGAGCCAUGUGCCACGAGGACAGCAGGAACGGCAGGAGCAGGAGGGGACCCAGGAGCCACCACCCCCGAUGGACCACGCUGAGAGGGAUGAAGAAAAACAUGAGAAAUACAGCCCCAACCUGGGUGAGGAGCACCCUGCUUCCGGGUGCCUUCGCUGCUGUGACCCGGGGACCCCCACGUACCAGGCGAUCCCAGUGCCCCAAAUCAACAUCACGAUCUUGAAAGGUGAGAAGGGUGACCGAGGAGAUCGUGGCCUUCAAGGGAAAUUCGGCAAGACAGGUUCUGUGGGUGCCAGGGGUCACAUCGGACCCAAAGGGCAGAAGGGGUCCAUGGGGUCCCCCGGGGACCGGUGCAAGAACCAUUAUGCGGCCUUCUCAGUGGGCCGGAAGAAGCCCCUUCAUAGCAAUGACUACUACCAGACGGUGGUCUUCGACACGGAGUUUGUGAACCUCUAUGGCCACUUCAACAUGUUCACAGGCAGGUUUUACUGCUACGUGCCUGGCAUCUACUUCUUUAGCCUCAAUGUGCACACGUGGAACCAGAAGGAGACCUACCUGCACAUCAUGAGGAACACGGAGGAGGUGGUGAUCCUGUAUGCCCAGGUGAGUGACCGCAGCAUCAUGCAGAGCCAGAGCUUGAUGCUGGAGCUGCAGGAGCAGGACGAGGUGUGGGUGCGCCUGUUCAAGGGUGAGCGUGAGAACGCCAUCUUCAGCGACGAGUUUGACACCUAUGUCACCUUCAGCGGCUACCUGGUCAAGCACACUGCCGAGCCCUAGUGAUGCCCCUGGUGCAUGCCAGAGACUGCUGAUCCACUCCUCUUGCCACACUGGUACCCUGCAGACCCUGGGGUCCAGUGCCAGGCUGACCCCAUCAGCUCUUCCUCUAGUCCUGGCUUCUUUGCCCUCUGCUUCCCCAGCUUUGGCAUCGACAAGACACCCUUGAUGGGUCAGAAGUCAAAACGGCCCAUGGGCCCAGCACUGGCCACUGCUGUCAGUAGAGAGCAGCUGGCCGCUGAGCAGCAGGACAGCAGGACCUCCAGCCCCGCCGCGUGUGUACAGCCUUAAGUGACCGGGUGUUGCAUGGUCUCACAGUGUCAGGCCUCUCUCCUGCUCCUGGAAGUAAUUAAGCAAAUGCUAAAGGUUCCAAAGGAGUGAAGUCAACCUUGGAGGCUGAAGAAAAGUGUUGUUAUUUUUGCUUUCCCAGCCAGCUGGCUCUGUGAGAGAAAGUGUUUUCACUGCGGGUCGCCUGAGAUACCACAGGAGAGAUUUAAAGGGGAAACACGGGUGCUGAGGGAGGAGCUGGCUUCCCAGGGGUCCAGGAGACCACAUGUGGCUUAAUUAUAUCAGGUCACAAAUGAACCUUCUUGGGGGACAGCUGAACUGAUGUCCCUGUCUUGCUGAUGUCACUGUGGCCUUGAAAGAGGACUCAGCAGGUCUUUCUGAGCCACAACAGUGAGGGCACUGGGGCUUGGGGCAGUGAGUAUCAGCUCCCCAGAGGGAAAGACACACCCGCUGCCCUUGGCUCUAGGCUGGCCGAAGUGGCCUGCUUGUUUCAGCUUAUGGACAGUAGCUGGGGACCUCAGGGACCCCCUCCCCCCCAGGCCUGCAGAUGUCCCCAUGGGGAGCAAAGCUCCUGGUACUUCCAAGCACCUCUGCUCCCCCAGGCCACCUUGGAGCCCUGGUGGGAUCUUCAUGUCAGCAGCUCAGGCAUCAGCUUCCUGAUCCUCUUCCCAGGCAGAUCAGCCACAAAAGCACCAGUGCCUUUGAUUCUGUUUCUAUCAGUCCACCUCAUACCACCACAGUGCUGUUUCCUCCAAGCUUAGGAUCCCCACCUCAGCUUCUGCUGUGUUGGUUGCAGCCAAGUGACAGUACCAUCCCGACCCCACAACCUUCACCCAACCCUGCUGCCAACAGCCUAAGGCAACACAGAGGGGCUUUCUCUGGGCCCCAGGGCAGGGGAGAGUGGAAGGUGCUGGAAAGCCCCUCUCUGCUUGUUUCCAGGGCUCUUAUUGGGUCAGUCCUGGGGCCAGGGCAAAAGAGGAAAUAGGUAUCCAGGCGCUGGGAUUCAACUCUCUCUCUGAAGGGUAGAAUGUAUGGAGAGGCGGGUGGCUUAAGGCUCUUCCAGGACUGCUAGAGUCUGCUGCUGCCACACAGGUGCUCUGGCUGCCACUGGCUUUGGCUCCAUCUUCAGCAGCAAGCAGCAGACAGCAGGGUCACGUCCUGUGCUCUCUGGGAACCUGCCGGGCCUUCCUUGUCUCACUCUACACUGGUGCUCAGGGUCCCAGGUUGCUCUGCCCACCCGCUCUGGUCCUUGGCCCCUAACCCAACAGCGUGGUCCUUCCUUCCUGCUGCCUGGAGAUCCUUGGUUUUGACUUAUGCUUCCUCCCUCUGGGGCCUGGCUGCUGGGCUGCGGGGUUCAAAGUACCCACCUUUGAAGGCCCUCUGCUGGUCAGACUGUACAAGCCGUGUUUCUGCCAGACUGUCACCCAUGCCCCACAUUGCUCUUUCCGGGAAGCAUUAAACUUGGAAUCAUGAUUUGAGCAUCCCA